AUGGCGGUGAUCAACCAUGGACGGCGGACCUUGAAGGAAGCUCGGGCAAAACAACACUCAGUAAAACUUUCAAGACAGUACUUCAAGUCCUACAACCGCAGCGGUCCUUCGAGCUCUUCGGCAACCUCUUCCGGACCUCCCAGGAAUCGAGAUGAGGCUAUCACAUGCCUGAAGUGCGGUAAACUGGGCCACCGGGCCAGCAACUGCACCCAGCCUCAGGCCGCCAACCACGUCGACGAGGAGUCCGCCGCGUUCACCUUCUACACAGUGAUGGCGUUGAACUACCAGAAGACUGGCAAGAACCGCGUCUUGAAUAUCGACAAUAGCGAGCGGCCCAUCUUCGGCUUCGGGAACAGCAGUUCGGACCAAUGUGCUUCAACAAUGACAUUGGGUGUGACAGCUGGAGGACGACCCGGAGCCUUCCGGGUGCAUGCACUGGACAGAGGUGAUGGACCUCUGUUACUGUCAAUCGACGCCCUCCGGUCCCUUGGUGCGAUCAUCGACUACGACAACGACCUCAUGGUUCUUCGCCGAGUGGACCCUCACAAGAUUGUUGGCUUGGAACGCUCGGCGACAGGACAUCAUCUCUUGUCGAUGACGCAAGAUCUCUUCACGAACGCCAUCAACAUCCUGAAGGCUGUUCCGCCUCUCGACGGGUGCAUUUUGAUCCUCCAUCGCCUCGGGAACAUGAGCAAUCUUACCCGACAGCAGCUUCGAGAUCUCUUGGCCGAGAAGGGCGAGAAGCCACCAAUGCGGUGGACACGAGUCGAGCUGUUGAUGCGAGUGGAGGAGCUCACGGGCAACAAUCAGAGCAAGACGGCCCCGACGCAGGAGACCUCCGAAUACCACCAGUUGGUCUCCAAGUUGAAUGCGGCCAGUCGCCGCAAGGCCGAUCUCCAGACCUUCUGCCAGAACACGCUGGGGAUGGAGGUGAACUUCAACCACACGAUUGCCCAGCUCCAGCGCGAAGCCAUGCUGAAGAUCUACGCGAGGAAGACCGUGCCGGAGCCGACCGACGUGUUGGGCUUCGGUUGCCACGCCGACAAGAGCUACGCAGCAGUGAAGAAGCAGUUCCCAGAGUACUGCAGUUGGGUCACGACUACGGCUCGCGAGGGUCAAUGCGAUCCAAGGCUGCGCCGCUUUGCGGGGUGGCUGGCCACCGAUGUGAACCAGGUUGCCCAGGCCUCCGAGGACCUGGAAAAGAAGUUCAGCCUGUCCGAGAGCAACUUGGCUCGCAGGACUCCCAAGCCAGAGAUCAAGAAGAAGACGAGCGGCUACUCCACCGGUGCCACCUCGAGUGCGGCGGCGGUGGACGACGGGGACUCCGUGACGCUCUCCAGCAGGCAGCUGCAGACCAUGGUGGCCACGAUCGAGAACCUCAAGGAGGAGGUGGCGGCGCUCAAGGGCGAGAGGCCUCGCAAGAAGGGCGGGUCCGACGAGCCGAACAGCCCGUCCAGCGACUUCUCGAUGGUGACCAUGACGAAAGGGAACUAG